AUGAAAUUCUCUUUAACGAUUUUCUCUGCUAUUGUAGCAGUUUCCGUUUUACUUUUUACCGUUACACCCAUCAAUGCUUGCGAAGAAUCAUGUCGUCAGGGAAUCUCGCUUGCUUUCGGUGAUAAUUACUCCAUUGAAAUUAAGACAUUGUUUAAGACAUUUGUCGAAAAGUUGGAAGAAAAUGUAUACUUUGGACUUGAUUCAGUCAAAGCAUCAACUAAAUCAGCAUGUAAUAAAGCAAUCGAAGAAGGAACAGAAAAAUUUCAAGAAACCUUUUCGGAAAGUUUAGAAGAAUUAAUUGAAAAUUCGAUUUUUGAACAAUCACCACAAUUUAAAGGACAAUGUCAACACCCAUUAAGAGUGAAUCAACCACCAGAAGGUGUCGCAUGGACCAUGGACGAUUGUAAGAACCAAGAUUAUAUUUGCGGAAAUCCGCCAGCCAUCUGCCACUUUAUGGACCAAUAUGUUAAACCUAGAAAUGUUAAGAAUGUAAUUGAAUCAUUAACUAAACGUCUCAGUGGUAAUGGCUCUUUUGUUAAAUCCCUUACAAAGUCCGUGAUUGAUGCCGCCAAGUCGUCCGGGGUGAAAGGAGAUGACCUUAAGAAAUUUACUUCAGCUGCAAAAGAUAACAUUUUAAAAACAUUCAACAUCUUUUCAUCCUUCUUCGCUUCUGAAUUUUGUAAAGGAACUUCAUGUGAUCAUUAUGAUUAUGACAUCAAGAUGAAACUUUUAAGUUAUCCUUACUUAUUCACUCAGUCACAAGUGCAAACAAUCCUCUUGGCAUGGCUUCCAACCAAAUUAGAAUCUUAUUUGUCUGGAAUUAUGGCGGUCGAUAUGUUUAUUACCAGUGUCUUUGCGUAUGGAAUUAGUGCUUUAGCUUUUACAUUAUUCACGUUAUUUGGAUCUAACAUCAUAAAAGGUUCAUGGAGAAAUAGAAGAACCGUCACGGCUCAAAUUGAACAUAAUAUUAUAGGACCGUAUGGUAUACCAAACGUCAAUCCACUUUAUGAAUCUUUAUCUUGGUUAAUCUCUCAACAAACAAAAUCUCUAGAAAAUGGUUCAUUCAUUGUACAACUUACAACAAAUUUUAUGAUCAGUGAUAAUGAGAAAGACGAAUACUCCCCUCCAGAAUUUAAUAUUCUUCCGGAGAAAGAUCAAGAAAUUUCCAUUGAAUUUAAAGGAAAAAGAUUCAAGGUUGAAUUUAACGUUCCUAACCUUCAUGGUCCUAAUAAUAUGUUUGAUGAUGAUUCCAACACGAACGUUGAUUCCAUAACAGAAUUUUUAUAUGAAGUUACACGAGCUCAUAAAGAAGAUCAGAAAAAAAUGAAAGGGCGUUCAAGAUAUGAACGAAAUGAUUGCGGUUGGGAAUACGUGCAAACGUUAUCUUCAAUUAGAGGUUUGGAUACAGUCGCUUUAGAUGAACCACUUGAAUUAUUAUUAAGUAAGGAAUUAGAAACAUUUGUAAAUGAUAAAAGUUUCUACGAAAGAAUUGGAAUGCCUUAUCGACGUGGUAUUUUAUUAUACGGAAAGCCGGGUACUGGAAAAACUAGUCUUGUAAAUGCGAUCUCUUCACAACUAUCUCGUGAUAUUUAUUACUUAAAUCUCAAAAACAUCAAGGAUGAUAAUGAUCUAAGUGCCGCGUUUAGUGGCGUUCCCCCUAAUAACCUUAUUGUGCUUGAAGAUGUUGACACUCAAUCAAAAGUACUUCAUAAACGAACUGAGAAUUCUUCCAAUUCCGAUUCCGAUAAAAAGAGUAAAUCAGAAGAAAAAUUACGAUUUAGUUUAUCAACUUUCUUGGGAUAUUUGGAUGGUCAUGUAUUAGCUGAAGGAAAUAUCAUCAUUAUGACUACAAAUCACGUUGAAUUUCUUGAUCCUGCUUGUAUUCGUCCUGGUCGUAUGGAUGUACAUCUGGAACUUGGUUAUUGUACUCAUUAUCAGAUUAAAAAAAUGUUUAAAAGCGUGGUAGAAAAUCCUGAAGUUGAGUUCCCUCAAGAUAUUCUUGAAAAAAUUCCCGAAAGGUUGUUGCCUCCUUGUGAAGCUAUGAUGACUAUGGUAUUAUAUCGUAAUGAAAUUGACCAGAUUCCACAAAAGAUUUAUGAAUUAGUCACAAAAUAUGUAAACAUGAAACCUGAAGAUAUUGCAAAACAAAUGGAAGAAGAAAUGCUCCGGAUUGAAGAAGCAUCUGCCAAUUUGGAUGAUCAUUCAACAAAUCGUAGAGUGGACGAAGAUAGUGAUACAGAUGUAGAUUUCGAUUAUAGGAAAAAUAACAUAAAAAACAUGAGAAACUUCAAAAAUGCCAAAAACGGUAAAACGUUUGACAAAUUCUUCGCAAUAGUACCAUAA